AUGCUGACCAGUUUCAGAUCAGACACUCAUGUGGGGCAUUUCAUCUGACCUAAAUGAAACAGAAUACAUGCUGCCUCCUUCCCCUCAUGGCAUGCCACCCCGCCUUUUUCCAGCCUCAGGGGAGGGAGCCUUUAAUAAUGGUCUGUGUAAACUGAUGCUCAGGCAGCGGAGAGUUUUUGGGGAAGAAGCACUGCUGGACGAGAAAUCCCCACAGCGGAGCUGCGACUCUCAAUGAAAGGCGGCAGCCCCUGAAGUGCAGCAGACAAGAGAAAAUGUCUCUCCUCGCCAAGGUCUUGAGAAGGGACUGCAGGCAGGUGCUGGAGCCUCGCAGGAGCUGCGUUGGCGGCGUGGCUUUUGUCAGCAGGCUUCACCAGCUGCCCAGACUUUCAGGCAGCCCGUCCCUGGAGGGGCAGAAGGAGGCAGCUCCUGCGAGAGCGGAGGACAAAGACGACGACGACGACGAGGAGAUGGGGGCAGCUUCGGACCGUGGAGCCCGGGGGCUCCUCCUCGGUGCCUGCCAGCAUCCGAGCCACCAGAGAGUGAGGAGCCUGAGGGAAAUGCCCGGACCCAAGACCUUCUCCAAUCUGGUCGAGUUUUUCUGGAAGGAUGGCUUCAGCCGCAUUCACGAGAUCCAGCAGAAGCACGUUCGGGAAUAUGGAAAAAUUUUCAAGUCUCAUUUUGGUCCCAAACUAGUUGUAUCCAUUGCAGAUCGAGACAUGGUUGCUCAGGUUCUUCGGGAAGAAGGAUCCGCGCCACAACGAGCUGACAUGGAUUCCUGGCAGGAAUACAGGGAUCUACGAGGGAGAGCUACAGGACUUAUAUCUGCAGAAGGGGAACAGUGGCUAAAAAUGAGGCGUGUACUGCGGCAAAAAAUGGUAAAGCCCAAAGAUGUUGCCGUUUUCUCAGGAGGAGUUAAUGAAGUUAUUGCAGAUUUAAUUAAGAGAAUCCACAUUCUCAGAAAUCAAGAAGAAGAUGGGGAAACAGUGACAAAUGUUAACAGCCUUUUUUUCAAGUAUUCAAUGGAAGGAGUGGCAACUGUUCUGUAUGAGUGUCGCCUGGGGUGCUUGGAAAACCAGAUCCCCCAGAACACUGUGGAAUACAUUGAAGCUUUGGAGUUGAUGUUCAGUAGUUUCAAGACUACCAUGUAUGCAGGAGCCAUCCCCAAAUGGCUUCGUCCAAUUAUUCCGAAACCUUGGAGAGAAUUCUGUAGAUCAUGGGAUGGACUCUUCAGAUUUAGUCAAAUUCAUGUCGACAAUAAAUUACAUGAUAUAAAGUCCCUUUUGGACCAGGGGAAAGAGGUAGAUGGUGGACUUCUCACAACUCUGCUUAAUGGUAAAGAACUUACAGUGGAAGAAAUCUAUGCCAAUAUGACUGAGAUGCUUUUGGCAGGAGUGGAUACAACCUCAUUCACUUUAUCUUGGGCGACGUACCUGUUAGCAAAGCACCCGGAAGUGCAGCAUUCUGUCUAUAAAGAGAUAGUCAAUAACUUGGGGAAAGAUAAAAUCCCUGAUGCACAUGACGUCCCCAACUUACCACUGAUCAGAGCCCUUCUCAAAGAAACCUUGAGGUUAUAUCCAGUGUUACCAGGAAACGGUAGAGUAACCCAGAAAGAUAUGGUUGUUGGAGGAUACUUGAUACCUAAAGGGACCCAGCUGGCACUCUGUCAUUAUGCUACAUCAUAUCAGGAAGAGAAUUUCCCAUUAGCAAAUGAGUUCCAGCCUGAGCGCUGGCUAAGGAAAAGCAAUAUGGACAGAGUGGAUAAUUUUGGUUCCAUCCCCUUUGGUUAUGGUAUACGUAGUUGUAUAGGAAAAAGAAUUGCUGAACUUGAAAUUCACCUUGCACUAAUACAGCUGCUUCAAAAUUUUGAAAUAAAAAUUUCUCCAAAAACUAAAUCAGCUUAUGCCAAAACCCAUGGACUAUUGACUCCUGCAAACUCCAUCAAUGUGAAAUUUGCUGACAGGAAAUGGUAGUAGGACCUUCAGGAAGCUCCUCAGCAUGACCUCUGACCGAAAGGUGCAUGAUGGUGAUUCCUGUAAUCAAGCUUUAUAUGCCUCCCUAGAGGUUUAUCUUUCUCCUGCUAAACAAUUAUAUAUGUUCAUGCAGAACAUGCUGUAAGUACAAAUUAGAACCAUUCCUCUUUAUGCUGGGAACCCAGUUUGAGAGAUAUGGUAAAGGCAGCAGUUGUACCAGUUCAGUGUCAUAGUCUUUAAGCACAUGCUAUUAUUACCUUUGAGAAGAACUGAGACGUCCUCUGCAAAAUUCUAGUAAAUGAUAGCCAAAGUAGUAAUCACUUUGUCACCUCUUCCAGCUGGGUUCUCAUGGUUAGGUGAUUGCCUGUGAUAAAAGGCAGCAAUCUGUGAUAGCUGAUUAUGAGAUAACUGGUAACAUUUACAUCCUCAGGAUAUCUGCAAUUAUCACAUGCAUAAGAUAUAAAACUCAUUCUUAAAGAUAGGUGUGACUGACUGCAGGAUAAACACUGGUUAGUAAUGUUUGUUUGUUUGCUCUCUUCGGUGUCUUUUUGGGAGCUCCCACUUUGACUUUGGUUAACUUUUUGAUAGUUUUUGUGUAUUAACUACAAUGUACUAAAAACCUAGUAUAAUAUUUUGAAAUAUAGAGAAGAGACAUUUUAAAGAAAAUUAUGAAACUUAUAGGUUGUCUAGAUUCCAAUGAUUGAUUUUUAUUUCAUAAAAGCUUUUUAGAAUAAUAUACAAAAGGAAUAUAAAGUUUAUGUAAAUUUAAGCCAACAAGUCACAUAAAUGGUUAAAGAAUAAAUUUUUAUAUCUGUCAUUUUUUAAAUUUU